UCACAAGGAUUUUCCUUAGUCACAUCAGUUUUCAAUUAAAGAUACUGUUACACUCAUAAAAAAAGAUGGCAAACUUGAGUACACUCGUUGGUUGCAUUGCCAUCAUCUUCUUCACUGUCGUUGCACCUGCCUCCUCAGCCACUCAUUCUGUCGAAUGGUCGGUUGGGAAGGACUAUAGCUCCUUGGCUACUGGAAAACCUUAUGUCAUUGGCGAUACAAUCGUGUUCAACUACGGUGCGGGUCACACGGUGGACGAAGUGAGUGAAAGUGACUACAAAAGUUGCACAUUGGGGAACUCAAUUUCUUCGGACAGUAGCGGAACAACAAGCAUAGCUCUAAAGACAGCUGGUUCUCACUACUUCAUUUGCGCUAUCCCCGGCCACUGUGCCGGCGGCAUGAAGCUCUCUGUCUACGUAGGUGCAGCAGCCUCUUCAGACGGUGGCGGUGACAGUGGUGACGGUACCACCCCCAAAACUACACCUUCUCCAACUGUAGAGGGCAGGAAGGCUGCUCCUUCCGCUUCUGCCACUGCUAUGUUGAAGCCGUUCAAAGCUUUGGUUUUGACUUGUGUAGCUGCAUUAUUAUAUGCUUUGGCUCUUUCUUAGUUGUUUUUAAUUUCUCGUUGAUUUGGUUUGGCUCGUUUGAAAAUCCAGGCUAGAGGCAGUGCUAUGACCCCUAUUAUUAUUAUAUGCUUCUUGUUGUGAUUAAUUAUUCUAUGAUAUUUUCCUUUGUUUAGUAUUUACAUUUA